AUGUACACGGCGUCAUUGUACUCCUGUCUCAUCAGCCUCUGUUGCACAGUCCCCGAGGCGGAACUACACGGACGACGGAUACUCAUGUACGCUUACGGCUCCGGUUACACGGCAUCAAUGUUCAGCAUCCUUGUCGCUCCGGAUGCCUCAAUGUCGUCCAUCUUCGGUGUGAACACGCCGGCCUCACCCAUCGAACGUCUUACUCUGCGCAUUCCAGUUACCUACGAGGAAUUUCAGGAGAUGAUAAAGAGUCCGCCCCUAGAACCACCGUUCAAUCCCAAUCACUUCUUUCCUGGAACCUAUUUCUUGGAGAAGAUUGAUGAAAACCAUAGGCGUUUCUACAAUCGUGUACCUCUUAGCCACCAAUGA